AAAGGGAUUCUUUUAUGAUUGCAUGAAGAUGGAUGUGGAUUUUCCAUUGAUGAGAUGAGGCAUGAACUUACUGACCUACUCUGAUGUAUGAACAUUCGUAUGUAUACUUGAUUUAUUUUAUUUUUACCUGGUUGUCUUUCAUACACCAUACCAAUACAUUUGCAUUCUUCUCGUCUGCGUCCAGUCGUUGUUACAGUAAAAGCUCAGCCUACAUGGCACAAAUAACAGUCAGCCCGCUGCAAGCAGCUAUGUCCGUUCAAUACAAAUUCAAUCCUAUCCUGAAAUCCUAUGUCACACACAACCCCAAAUCUGAUUCCCGCAUAUCAGACGUAAAUCGCGCACAGAACGCCCUCGCUAUGCCUCGCCAUGCCUCGCCAGCAUGAUCAGGAAUCAAAAUGCUCCUAUCAACAAGGACGACAGCGUACAGGUAUG